CACCAGAGUAUCGUUCUAAACCAUUGAAUAGCUUAGAGUGUCAGCCAUGUCAUCGUCCGGCUCGUACUCGCUCCAGAGCAUCAACCCCAAACUCCUCCGGAGAAUCUACCGUGCGUGCAGACCUUCGAACUCCGAGCCCAACUUGGCUCUCAACUUGGAGAUCUGUGAUUACGUGAAUGCCAAACAGGGCUCUAUUCCUCGUGAAGCUGCCAUAGCAAUCGUCAAGUUGAUCUCUCAAAGAGAUGCCCAAACUUCAGAGUUAGCCAUCUCCUUGUUGGACAACUUGGUCAAGAACUGUGGAUAUCCGUUCCAUUUGCAGAUCUCCCGUAAGGAGUUCUUGAACGAAUUGGUCAAGCGGUUCCCAGAAAGACCUCCCAUACGUUAUACGCGAGUCCAGAGACUCAUCUUGGCCCAGAUCGAGGAAUGGUACCAGACUAUCUGUAGAACUUCCAAGUACAAAGACGACUUUGGCUACAUCAAGGACAUGCACCGUUUGUUGAGCAAUAAAGGAUAUAUCUUUCCCGAGGUCAAAGUCGAGGACGCAGCUGUUUUGAACCCUUCUGAUAAUUUGAAGUCAUUAGACGAUAUCCAGAAGGAAGAGGCUGUUGUACACAGUGCCAAAUUGCAAGAGAUGAUCAGAAGAGGUAGACCUCAAGACUUGCAAGAGGCCAACAAGUUGAUGAAGAUCAUGGCUGGUUUCAAGGACGACAACGUCGCCGAGAAUAAGAAACAGCUUACCGACGAUGUAGCACGUUUGAGAAGAAAAGUCGAGAUCUUGGCGGAGAUGUUGAACACGAUCCUGAGCUCCAACAGCAAGAUUGAAGACUCCAACGAGGCUAUUGUAGAAUUGUAUUCAUCUGUGAAGAGUUCUCAGCCGAUUGUCACCAAAAUCAUCGAAAAUGACAACGGUGAUGAAGAAUAUGUCCAGGAACUCUUGGGCUUGAACGACAACAUCAACUUGGUUAUUAAUAAGUUCCAGUUGUUGAAGAAUGGCAAAUUAGACGAAGCUUCUCAGAUUAAAGUUUCCAGUGGUUCUGGCGCAGGAUCCAAUGCAGCCGAAGUUAACUUGAUCGAUUUCGACGAUGACGACACUCCCGUAGGCUCCAACCAAGCCGAAGACCAGGGCUACAACGACUUGUUGAGCGACUUAUCGAACUUGGCAUUCACAUCUAACGAUGCCUCUAAGAGUAACAACAGCAGUAGUAACACUGCCAACAUCAACCUCUUUGGUGCUGGAGGAUCAAUUGCUUUAGGUGAUUUAUCCAACAACUCUACCCCAGCCCCAACUCUUCAACACCCACAGCCCACCACUAACGCCAGUGGAAACGCAGGCAACUCCUUAGACUUAUUGGGCGACUUGAACUCUCCAUCUCAGCAGUUACAAUCCAACACCUCAGCACAAUUAGAUCCGUUUGGCUUAAAUUUCCCCAGCUCGACUCCAAGCCAGGUACAGAACCAAUUAGGUCAAUUCUCUGGUUCGACUAUUGCUAUCUCACUGUCUUCUGUGUUGAAAGUCGAAGUGAGUGUAGCUCCCAAUUCUUCCAACCAGUUCUUCCAGGGUAGAGCUUUGUUCAGCAACGUUCAAGCACAGACUAUCUCUAACUUCAAGUUUCUCAUUGCUGUUCCCAAGUCUUGCAAAUUAGACUUGAGACCUCAAACAGGCGAUACAAUCUACGGCUUUACCAACAACAGUAUAUCGCAGGAUUUCACUAUCGAAAACUCUUUGGACAAGCAGUUGAAGAUAAAGUGGAAGGCCGAAUACACCAUUGGUGGUGAAACCAAGGAUGAGACUGGGGUUAGUGUAUUAAACAAUUAGUAUGCUAUGUAUUGUUACGUCGUUAUUUUAUUCGUUUAUUCGUUCAUAUUCUUUUAAAACUAGACAAUACAUUUUAUAAUUGUACUUUCUAUA